UAUCAGCAUCAGCAUCCGAAUGGAGCGCUAGCUGACGAGCUUAGUUACAUUGUUUGUAUCUAUUUAAGGUGUUACACUUUCCUUCACUCGAAACAUGGAUAUGUUUAUUUCAAAUGUAAAAUGUCUCACAGAGCGCCUGCUGCAGAAACAACUGGCUAAUACAGAUGAGGUUAUUGAGAAGCUCUUUUGUGAAGACUUCCCAAGAAUAACACCAUUGGAUCCUCAGCUUGAAGAAAGUGCCAUUCAGCUGUGGAAUUGGGCAGUCACCAAACGUGUGGGAACAGCCAUAAAUGAGCACCAGAAAGCAAAAGUGCGUCAUGUUGCAUGCAGGCUGCUGUACGCCUGUGAGCCUGAGAAUCCAGCAGAGGGCGCUGUGCGCAAACAGAUCCUGAUGGCCAGCAAGACAGGAAGAACCUGGCUAGACUGUAAAAAGCCCCAGCUAGCUGAUAACUUCCUGAGCCUUGCUGUCAAAAGCUUGGAGACACUGUACAGUCGACUAACAUCCCGAGGCCAUGGAGGGGCAGACAUCAACACAUCGAAAGGAGAUGUAGAGAAGGACCUGCUUCGAGUUCUGUCUUACCAAGCUGAGUCGGCACUUGCUCAAGAGAAUCACCAAGAGGCUGUGGCCUACAUGCAGCGCUGUAAAGACAUGCUACUGCGGCUCCCCAAAGAGACAGGCUAUCUCUCUCUCAUGUGCUAUAACUUCGGAGUGGAUUCCUACAAUAUGAAAAAGUAUGAGGAGAGUUCAUUCUGGUUGAGCCAGAGUUAUGACAUAGGGAAGAUGAAUAUAAAAUACUCCCCUGGUGCUGAAGUGCAAGCCAAGGUCCUGAGGCUCCUUGCCACUGUCUAUCUGAAGUGGGACUGUCAGCAGUUUCAGGAGAAGGCACUCAAUGCUGUGAACUUAGCCAAUAAGGAAAGUGUGCAUCCCUCUGGGCUCUACCUGAAGAUCAGAAUUCUACUGAGUUGUGGGGCUCAGGAUGACCACAUAAGAGCUGGAGUGACAGAGCUGCUGGAGUUGGAGGUUCCUCUGGAAGUGUGUCUAAGCACAGUGAAACUACUCAUGGCUGAAGACAGAGAGACAUUGGCCUUUGACUACCUGAAGAGGGUGUGCCAGCACUUUGAGUCAUCCCCUGAACUGGGCAGUGCCCUGGUCCUGCACAUUGAGUUGCUGCUGCAGAGAGGCAAGGAGCUUCUGGGAAAACAGAAAAUAGAGGACAUCAUCACAGGCCACUACACUGGUAAACAGCUGUCUCCUCAGACUCUCACCUGUUUACAUCUCCUGCUGUGGGACAAAGCCUCCAAGAACUUUGAGACUAAGAACUUCUCAGAGGCUCUGCAGUGGUAUAACUACUCCUUGAGUUUCUACAAGGCUGGCCAGAUGGAGCCCAACCUGGCCAAGCUUCAGAGGAACAGAGCCUCCUGCUUACUGCAACUGCAGCAGCUGGACAAGGCCAAAGAAGCAAUAAAGGAGGCAGAGAGAUGUGAUCCAAACAGCAUCUUCACUCAGUUCAGUGUUUACAAGAUUGCUGUCCUGGAGAACAAUGUGGAGAAAGCUGCAGAGGCAGUGAAGGCCAUCGGGGCUCUGGCCCAAGGUCCUGUGUCCAGUGAGGACAGACUGCUAGUGGCUGAGAAUGCUGCCUCCAACCUCCUCAGUCUCGCUGCUCAGAUCGCUCUGGAGAAUGAGCAACAAGACACAGCCAUGAAGGCUCUGGAGAGUUUGUGUGAACACUCAAAAGAUGAAGCUCAGGUUGUCACUGCUCUCAGGUGUUUGGUUCGACUAGUGCUCACAACAAUAGAAAAGGCCAGUGGGGAGAUAAGACAUGCAAAUCUGGAUGUUCUGCUGUCAUAUCUAAAAAUGGCACUGCAGAAAGUGUCACAGCUCAGCCCAGGGCCUAGCAUGGCUGUAGAGCAGCGCACAGAGGACGCCAACUGGUUCAGGAAGAUUGCUUGGAACUCUGCGCUGCAGUGUGAGAGCAGCCCUGACAGGAUGAGGGAUUUCUUUGUGUUCUCUUACCAGCUGUCCCAGUUCUGCCCCUCGGACCGGGCCGUGCUGAUGGGCCAGAAGACGUGCCUGCUGAUGGCUGCUGCUGCCUCUCUGGAGCUCUGCAGGAAGUCUCCACACUCUGAACAGAAGGAGCAACUGACACAAGCCCUGGAGCACAUUCAGAUCUGCUGGGAGGUCUGGAAGACUCUUAAAGCAUCAGGUGGCCGGGACAACUCCAAGGACCCAACCAACAUUUUGCUGCUGCUGUAUGAGUUUGAGGCUCGUGCCAAGCUCAACGACCCCAAGGUGGAGACAGUGCUGGAGUCAGUGCUGGAGCUGGAUAAUGUUGAGAUCAAGGUGUUGGAGACCAUGGCAGCCUUGGCCAUGGAGCCUCCUGCCCACUUCCCUCUGCUGUGUAAGAAGGCCUUGAGGAUCGCUCUGUCUCUGCACAGGAAACAACCACAAGCAGACCUGGCCCGCUGCAGCCAGUGUGUCCACAGCCUGAUCCAGCUGUCGCUACCCAGCGGCGUGUCGGAUGUGGAGGCCCGUGUGCUGGAGGAGGUAUGGGGCUACUAUGAAGAGGCCCUGUCCAUCAUCACAGCCGCAGUGAGUCGGCAGCAAUCUCGUGCCACCGCCGCCACCCCCAAGCAACCCCGCAUUCCUGAGGACUUCCCUGAGAUGGAGAUCCUGUGGCUGCUGACCCGAGCCUGGAACACAGGCAUCCUGCUGUACAGCCUGGCCCAGUACCCCGAGGCUGAGAGGUGGUGUGGCCUGGGCAUGAGCUUCCUCCGGCACCUGGGCUCCCUGCAGGAGAGCUACCAGACACAGAUGUCGGGUCUGUACAGUGAGGUCCUGGACAGGCUAGACAAAGCCAAGAAGAACCUUAUCAUGGAGGAGUGAUCAUGAUGGUUGAGCUCUGCGGAGCACUUUUAAUGUCAGGUACCUGAUAUUAUCCAUGUGGUAGCUGGGAUGGUGGUUUACUGUAUGAAGUCUCACUGGUUCCUGUAUGACUGGUCUUCAGUUUAGUCAGCUCCUCCAGGAUGUCAGUUGCAUCCUGCCCUCCCCUAAUAUUUCCCUAUGGAGAGUUUAGAUAACAAUUUCUAGCUUUUGUAGUUCAUGUUUUGGUACUUCUCUACAUUAAUAUAAAUACAUUUUAUCCCUCCCUGAUAUUACAUUCAUAUGAAUUUUACAUUGUCUUAUUUAAACAACUACCAAUACCAGUGGACUU